UGCCCUGCCUCAUUUAAAGCUGCACAUCAUUGACAACAAAGCAGAGGUUGGACAUCACUGACUUCAGACCAGAGAACCCAAAGCACCAUUGAGAGCAACUGCUGAAAUACGGAGUUGAGAAAACAGCUGAAUGAUGAGUGCUGCUCAGAGUCAAACAACAUUGGAGUCCAAACUCGAGGCCCUGCAGUGCCACUUCACCUGGAAUCUGGACCCCAGCAGAUCUGAGCUUUUACGCCGCAGUGAAAGCCUGGAGGACAUCGGCACAGAGGAGGGAAACAGCUGGCUAGGUCACAUUUACAACCUGCGGGGGUUCAUUCAGUACAAGCUGGGGUUCACCGAAGAUGCCCAGAGUUUCUUCAGCAGGGCUGCAGAGGCCUUCCGCCAGAUAAGACACAGAAAUGAAGGUCCCUGGUUAAUGGUGAACUACGGUAACCUGGCUUGGCUGCACCACCACCUGGGAAACCAAGCAGAGAGUCAGUCUUACCUGUCAAAGGUUGACGCCCUGAUUAAUCAGUACCCAUCUCCAUCCCCGGACGAACUUCAUCCAGAGAUCUAUGCUGAAAAAGCCUGGACCCUGAUGAAGUUCAGCGGAGAGAAAAAGCUGAUCGUAGAUUAUUUCCAGAGAGCCAUCAAGAUGCAGCCGGACAUGGUGGAGUGGAACACCAGCCACACCUUAGAGUUAGUGCAUGCUUUUAAGCACAUCGAUGAAAAGGUGGAGGCUGAAAUCUUCGAAAAAUUAAGAAUCGCCAGGGAACAAGAUCCAGAGAACUUGUACCUCGCUGCUUACUACCUUGAGCAAUGUGCUAAAUUAGGAGAAAGAAUUGAAGAUGAAGCACGUGAGUUAGCCAGAAAGGUUCUGAGAAAUCCUGUCGGCAGCUACGGUGGUAUUAAACCGUUAUUAUGGAUUUACAGAAACUACAUUUCUGUAGAUGAGGCCAUUGCAUUGGCAGAGGAGGCUCUGAAAAAGCACCCAGAUGAGCGUUACCUGAAGAGAUGUGCUUCACUCUGCUACAAAUGGAUCAUUUACUUUAGUGACAGACUCCCAGAGCGAAGCAAGAUAGACAGAGCAAUCCGCCUCCACGAGGAGGUGAUUUCUCUUUACCCUCAUUCUUCACUUAUGAAGAAAGUGGACCUCGCUAAUAUAUACGCAAAGUCAAAUUACAGCCAGGCAAAAGCUGAGCAGAUAUUUCAGGAACUGCUAGAAAGGGAUCGGAUAGAAAAUGAUCUGGAACCUACAGACAAACAGAUGCUUUACAACAACUACGCAAAACGUUUGUUUUUCGAUCAUCAGGAGGACCAAAAGGCAGUACAGUAUCACAUGAAGGCGGCAGCCAUACAGAAUCAGUCCUCCUUUCGUGCGAACAGCAUCAGAUUUCUGGAGAGGAUUAAAGACAAAGACAGGAGCCCAAUGUGUAGAGAAAUAGCAGAGUUUCUGGAAAACUUAAAAGAGCUGUAGUUAUUUUAAAGGUUUGAGUGUGUAAGAUUUAGGGGGAUAUAUUGGCAGAAAUUGUGUAUAAUAUAAUAAGUAUGUUUUCUUUAGUGUAUGAUCACCUGAAAAUAAGAAUCAUUUCGUUUUUGUUGCCUCAAAAUUAGCCUUAGAAAAUGUUUUCACCGGUUAAAAUCAGCGAUCCUUAUGUUUUUGAGAGGAAGAGACCUGGGUAAAAACCACCUGAACAUAUGGAUCAGAAAUAAAUUGAGCACAAAUGAAGGUAUCAGAGAAAAAAAGGUGAGCACAGAUAAGCAGGUACUGGGCAAGCAGGCCAUCAGCAACGUACAGAACAGGAUAGGAGAAACAAUGAUUUGUGAUGUGAAACUGCUGUGUUCAGUGUUUUUACUGGUUUAAAUCAGCUGGUCUGUUUGUUUUGGAGAGGAAGAGACCUCUGUGGAUAAAUUAGCUCCUGGUAAAAACCUCCUGAACAAUGAACACUGAAGGAAUUCUGACCAGGAGAAGUUUCAGCUGGUUGCAAUCUGCGAUCGUCACCGCUAGACGCCACUAAAUCCUCCUAAAUCUUACACACUGGACCUUUAACAGCACUGGUUCUAAACCCAGAAAAAAUAUAGAUAUUCAGCUGGGAGAAAAAUACUGCACACACUCAUUAAUUUCAUAACAAGCACAUUUGGUAAACCUUUUUUUCCUUUGGCCAGGUGGUGCGGAAGGAAGCACCAAGCAGGGGUGUCAAAUAUACGGCACACAGGCCAGAGCCGGCCCACCAAAGGGUCCAGUUCAGCUCACUGACACAGCUCAUAUCGCUGCUGUUUGACGGCUACGAGGUGCCUGCAAGUUUCAGGAGCAAGUGAAACAGUUAGUGGCCUACUUCAUGUAAAAUAUUGCUUCAGAGGCUUUUCAUCCUGACCACAAUACAGUUCUCUGAACACUCACUGUUUGAAGUAUGACUUAUAUUUUUCUCUCUCAGAGGAUUUGAACCACAGAAUGAGGCUGAACAGCUGCAGAUGAAGUGAGUGAUUAGAUACUGCACAUACAAACUGCUGAAACCUGAGCGCUUUACAUUGUAAUAUCUUACAGAUAAGUCAGAGGUCCAAAAUCUAAAAUUAAAAUUACCUGCAAAAAAAUAAUGAAAUAAAAAUAAAAUAAAAUAAAAUAAAACUAAUAUGGGUUUAUAGGCAGGAUCUCUGACAGGACAGGUAAGGUACAGUUUUGUGCUUCCAGGACAUUAAAGACAACUUAAUCUGCAGAAUCAGGAUCACUUCAGGUAUCUAAAGAAAUUUUGGAAAGACGACACAUUAGGAGAAGAAAUCCUUGACUUCUUUCCAAAAGCCUACAAACAUGCUACCUACCAAAAAAUAAAUAAUAUCUAAAAUACAUUUUGCUCUCCAAAGUUUUAAAAAUUAUGAUACUCUGAAUAUUAACGAAAGAUGGGAAGCACAGAGCUUAUUCUAUAACAUCAGUAGAAGAAUGGGACAGUGUCUGCAGAAUGGUUGAUGAUGAGCUCCCCCUCUUGGAGAGAAUUCAGCUUGGAAAAUGUGACUGGUUUCUUCUGUAGUCCAGCACAAAAGACUAACUCUCUAACCGGACUGCCUGCUGGAGGUCCUGUGGAAGCGCUGAGGAAAACCAUCUCCACAUUUUCUGGAACUGUCCCUAUGUGGCUCCAUUUUGGAAAGGUGUCCACAGUGUCCUGAAGAAGCUUUUUGAGUUGAAAAUCUGUUUUAAUUUUGGCUAUCUAGAAGAGCUUCACUGUGCAAAGUGAGAUGCAUAUUUGUUGAGGGUGUUGUUCGGGGCUUGUAAAAACGCUUUGACGAGAAAAUGGGUUAAGAUGUACCAAACAGAAAUGAGUGAGAGAAUUACAUUUAAACUAAAAACCCAAAUACUUACUAGAAUGUGUGUAUAUAUAGCCUAAACGAGCAUGUGUAUAUGUAUGUUUAUAUAUGUAUGUGUGUAUGUGUACACACAUGCGUGCAUGUGUGUGUGUAAAUGUAUAUGUGCAGAUUUUGUUUUUUACUCAAGAAUGAUCCUCCCCUAAUUUUGGUUUCGUUUUUAGUUCACUUCAAGUGUGUUUUUGUGUCCUGUCGACACGUAUGUCUGUUCUUUAAAGGAAAACCAAAUAAAAAAAAUAAAUAAACGAAAGAUCUAAAAGGUGAGGGGGGAUCAGCUGUUUCUCUUUUUGUGAUGUAAGAGAAACAAAUUGUUGUAUGAAAUGAUGUUGAAUGGAAAUAAAUGAUGGAGCUACAGGGAA